AUGGGAGAGCUUAUUGGGACCAGUAUUUCCAUUGAGGAAUUUUUAUUGAUGGAAGGAGCGCAUGCAACUACAGCUCUAUCGGGAUUACAAUCCAUUAAUUUUGAAGCCAUGUUGGAGGAGAUUGAUAAACGAAUUGUGGAGGUGAAUAAACAGUUGGAUCAAACCAGUAUUGUAUUACCUGUAGAUAAUGAUACAAAACCUAGACAGUAUAGUGAUAAGGAGUUUUUGGAGGAUUUAAUUGUAAUAAUGAGAUAUUAUCAGGAAACUGAUUUAUUUUCGAGUAUGAAUGUAUUGCAAAAGAUUGGAAUUUUAAAAGAGGAUUUUAAAUACCGAUGUUCGAGAGUUUUUAGAGAUGAAAGAUAUAGGUUGGCUCCCCCUUUGGAAUUGAAUAAUAGAAAGACUUUUGAUACAGAGUUUGAAUUGGAGGAGGAAAUUAAUACAUUUAUUUAUGCUAUGGUUGCCUAUCAAGUGAAUGGAAUAUCUGAUACACACCCAAAAAAAGAUAUGGAUAGGCGAAAACUAUUGCUCUUGAAUCUUUCAUUGUCAAUUGAUUCAAGGGAGUUAAAGGAAUUUUACUAUUCCCUUCGAGAAAAGGAAAUUGCAGAUUAUGUGCCUUCUCUAUCGACCGAUGUAAAGCAACUGAAUCUGGACAUUUUCUUCAAGUUAUCGAGAGAUUUACUUUCCGUGAUCAGAGAAGAUUUUUCAAUCACUUCAGAGGUGAUAGAUAAUGAGUUUCUUAUUGAAAUGUUUGUAUCACUGUAUCUUAACAAGUAUACAAUAAUGCUGGGUGAUAUUUGUUUGGAUGUUGCUGAGAGUUUAUAUAAUCAUAAGGUGUCCUCAAUAAUGCCAAAUAUUAUUGAAAUAUUCGAGUUGGCGCUUGACUUUCAAGAAAAUGUUUCAAAUCUAAUCAAUAAGAAAAAAGGGAAGUCAAAGAAACAAGAGCAACAAUUGUCUAUAUCUGUUCCUAAACAAGUGGAUUUCUCCUUUGGUUCAAAAACCUUCAUAUUCGGAUAUGAUAAUUUUGUUUCAUCCACUCUUAAUGGAAUUACAGUUGAAAUAGUGUUCAUAUUGGGAGAGGUUUGUAAUGGAUUAUUUGGAAAGGAAAUUUCAUUUGAGAGCUUUACCAAGAGUAACGAGCAUCCAAUCCUCAAGGAUGUGAAAUCCUUGAUGGAUAAGUUGACUCACAUUAUUACAAUGUUCUCAAAACAUGGACUUACGGAUUUCAAAAAUAAUAUUCUGAAGAAAAUUUGUUACGGAUUUUCAGUGUUGUUGGGGAAAUUUGAUGAAUUUCUUUUCAAGAGUGAUUUCGAUCCGAAAUUAUUGAAGAACUUAUGUAAGUAAUCUAAUACUGUAACUUCGUCUUAACCUGUUCAAAGAUGUUGCCUACUCUACAUUAUUGUACUGUUGUGACUCUGUGAGCUAUUUUGGUGCAUUGUACAAUGAAACAAUUGAGCAUUGUGUGGAGGAAAAAACCUUUGAUUUUACCCAAAUGAAUAACUUUUACAGGGAAAAAUCAAAAACAUUUAGGGAUUUCAUAAUCGAGUAUCAUAGUAGUAUAAUUUCAUUAUAUUGUGUACCAGAUGUUAGGUAUCAAAUGGAUUGGGAUACUCAUAGAAAAUUCUUGAAUGAUGAUAGGUGUAGUUAUGGUAUCCAGAUGUGGAAUUACUAUAUGAAAUCGACUUGUAAAGAGCUCU